AUGAAAGGUAUAUCCAGCCAAUCCUCCAUGUUAUAUUUCUUCUACAUUUUGGGGAUCCUUUCUUUGUCCAUGUUUUUUCAUCUACCUAAGAAGAUCUCUUACUACUACACAUCCACUGGAAACAUAUCCAAUUCUUCCUUGGUAGAACAAUUUCUAUUCCAGCGCAUCACGCCUAACUCUACCUCGUCCUCUGAGGCUAUAGAUGCUGGUAUCUGGACAGUGAACUCCAUUGGGCGUCUUGGUAACCAGAUGGGACAAUAUGCCACCCUUUAUGCCUUAGCUAAGAUCAAUGGGUUUCAAGCAUACAUCCAUCCAGAAAUGCAUUCAGCUUUAUCACCAAUCUUCAAAAUCACUUUGCCUGUGAUCUCUGCUGAGGUGUUUAUGAAGAUCCAAUGGAAGAAAGUUUAUUUGCAUGAUUGGAUGUCAGAGGAAUAUCGUCACAUCGAAGGAAAAUAUGUCGAAUUGGGGGGCUACCCUUGUUCUUACACCUUUUAUCACCACCUCCGCCAGGAAAUUCUAAAGGAGUUCACUUUCCAUGACCACAUCAAGAAAGAGGCCAAUGACUACCUCCAAAUCAUGCGGGGAGAACGCCAGAAUGUGACGUAUGUUGGAGUGCAUGUCCGAAGAGGGGAUUAUGUGAGGGUAAUGCCUGAAACCUGGAAAGGUGUGGUGGCUGACAAAGGUUACUUGGAGAAAGCCAUGGAUUACUUCAGAAAGAAAUACCUCAACCCCAUCUUUGUGGUCACCAGCAAUGGGAUGGAGUGGUGCAGGAAGAACAUUGAUACCUCCAGGGGGGAUGUUUACUUUGCUGGGAAUGGGAAGGAAACCUAUCCAGGAAAGGACUUUGCUCUCCUCGCUCAUUGCAACCACACAAUCAUGACCAUUGGGACUUUUGGCAUCUGGGCUGCCUAUCUAGUAGGUGGGGAGGCUGUUUAUUUGGCCAAUUAUACCCUCCCAAACUCUCCAUUUCUCCAGGUCUUUAAGCCCUCUGCAGCCUUCUUACCUGAGUGGAUUGCAAUCCCAGCUGAUCUUUCUCCAUUGCUGCCUAAAUCAACUGUACAACCUUAA